AUGUCACACGGCUGCUGGCACAUCAACAACAGCUAUGGGAUCAUUUUUGCCUCCACGUGUAGCGUGAUCCUGGACACUGGCUUCUGUGCCAACACGCUGCUCUUCUCUCUGUUCACCAAGUAUUAAAACCUAUGCAAGAGCCACCUGGACAGACUGCUCCUGGUGCCCUUUACCUUCCACUCAGCUGUCAGCUUCCACUGGGCACUGGGGAAACUCUGCAAGAUCUAGCAGGUCUUCCUGGUCUUCGCCCUGAUGGAGAGCAUCUGCUCCCUGUGUGCCAUUUCCAUGGUCUGGGCCAUGAUCAUCACCAAUCCUUUGCAUCACCCUUUGGACCUGGUCAUUCUCAUACGGGUAUUUGUGUGGGCCCUCAGCUUCUUCAUCAGCCUGUCGUUACGUAUCUUUGCCACACGAGAGACAAGUUUGCUGGCGGACAUCACCUUCAGCCUGCCCACUAUCCAGCACUUCUACCAGGUGAUCCUGAGCAGGUUUGUGCUCUACUAAUUCAUCCAAGUGCUCAUAAUUACCCUGGGCUACAUUCACCUGAUGCUCUUCCUCCACCAGAAUUCUGUAAUGUUGUUGGCCAUUGCCUGGACAAGCCUCAGAGUCUCCAUCCUGGUCCUCCUGGCCGAGGCCACCUUCUCCAUUUGCUGACUGCUGGGGUAUGUCGUGAAGCUAUGCGUCUACCUGAGACUGUACCAGCACAUCAAGCCCUGGAAGAUGUUGUACUUCACCUGCACAGUGCUCCAGAACCUGCAUCUCUGCAUGAACCCUGCUCUCCAAGAGGUACUUGAGGCAGUGGCCAAUCAAACGCACGCAAGCGGGUGAGGGUGUAUCUCCAGGUCAUCAGCAUGGC